GACGUCACAGGUCUUUACGUUCCAACAUGGCCACCUGAAAUGUAGCAGACGAUUCAGGUGGCAUGUCAAAACUUGUAAAUAAACAUAAUUUUUAACUUUAAUUAUGAGUGAAAGAGUGCAAAAAGAACGUUCUGAAAAUUCCGAUAUUAAUGAAGAUGCAGUUGAUCCAAGAGUGCAGAUCGAACUUGAAAGACUCAAUACAGCCACAGAUGAUAUUAAUAAACUGGAAGUUGAUUUGGACGAGGCGCGUGCGACAUUUCGAGAAUUAUUGUGUGAGUCGACAUUAAAAAUUGAUGUCCUCACGAAAAAAUUAGGUGACUGUAUAGAAAAAUCGAGACCCUAUUACGAUGCCAGAUUCAAAGCCAAAGAGGCCUUGUCGGAAACACAAAGAGCAGCAAUGAGAUUUGAAAGAGCAAAUAGUCAACACGCAGCAGCUAAAGAAAUGGUUUAUUUGGCCGAAGAAGGCCUCAAGACUGAGGGACGAUGUUUUGAUCAUGCAUGGCAGGAAAUGUUAAAUCAUGCAACGUUCAGAGUUAAUGAAUCGGAGCACGAGAGAGCAAUUUCAGAAGCUGAACACCGCAGAACAACUGCAUUGUACCAUAAUGCUGAACAUGAAGUUCAACGUCUUCAACGUGAAUUAAGACGUGCAAUUGCAAAAUCUAGUAUGGGUGCACGCCGCAGCUUGCUUCUGAUAAACAGUAUCGCCUACAGGCACAACUUGAUCAUCUUACGAUACUACGAAAUGAAAGCUCACUUUAAUCAAAUGCUAGAGGAGCAAAAAACUAGAGUCAGCGUAUUGGAAAGAUCGGUGGGCGAGGCAAAAAUGACGUACGCGGAUGCUCUUAGAAAUUUGGAGAGAAUAAGCGACGAGAUUCAUAGAACGAGAAAAUACGACGAUGGCAAGCAAACGGAGUCACAGGAAAAUUCUGUUAAUCAAACAAAUACACCAACGGAUUCCAGUUUUACUGGCUCACCUGAUAGUACAGAUUACACGAGCGAUGAAUAUCUUCGUCUACCUGACAAGAUCACUUCCCAGUCUUCAUAUACUCUUCCAACAAAAAUUGAAAGGGACACAUCGUCGGAAUAUUUGGGCCUCUGUAAUUUGAGUCUCUCAUCAACCGAACCAAGACGUUACAUAAAACGAGAUCGUCCCCGAAGUAUUGCAACGACUGAUGCAAAACAUAUAUUUCAAAUGCAAAAUGAAAAUAAUGCUCGUCAUGUGGAAGUGACAAAAGUAAUUUCCCCUCUCGAGAAGAAAGUGAAAAUUUCAUCACCGAAAAAGGAAUUGAAUUCAGAGAAUGGAGAGGAAUGGACUGAAAUAAGUUUAAAUAAUUCGCCAGAGGAGAAUUUCUACAAUGAAGCCUUCUCGGAUGAAGAGGAACAAAUUCCAUAUAAAAGACUUCCUGUGGACUUGAGUCCCGAUGGAGAGACAAUGGAGCGAACUGGUGAGAAAAGAAGAAAUAAAUUAGUCACACAAAAAUCACUUCCCUCAAUGCCAAACACGCAUGAGGUAUCCCUAAGUGAUGAGAGAAAGGCCGAAGUCACCAGAAGUCCAUCUAUGAAGAGUAGAAGUAAAGUCGAUAAUCGAAUUGCUAAUUGGAUAUCAAGAAGUUCCGUUGCCGAUGAAGCUAGUGGAAGUAGUUCCGCAAAUUCUAGUCGUCGUCAGUCACUAGAUAUGCUCUGGAAUACAGGAACGGGAGAAAAAGUCAAGGAACUGUUAAAUCAUGGAAUGAUGAUGUUGAACAUUUCCAGCCUUACUGACAGACGUUCUAGUGAACCAAAAGUAAUGGACAAGGAUAGAUCGGAAAAAGCUGAACCAAAAGGAAAGAAAGUUCCAAGUCCAUUGGAGAAAACCAUGAGCUACCUCAAUGCUGAUGAAGAAAUUUCAGAUAGCGAAAGUUUAGCGAGCGUGGAAAUGCUGACAGAGGAUCAAAUCUCAUCGCUAAUGAUGGAACCAGACAUGAAUCAAGUUUGUCAAGAAAUUUUAGGAACGCCACUUGUUGAGGUUUGUCCCCUUUUGCAGCAACUUCAACAACAAUAAGAAAGGAAGGGGGGAAAAAAAAAUGUACCAAGUGUUCAAAUUCUAUGAUACUUAUUAUAGUCUGCUUUUAAAAAAGAAAACAAAUUUAAUUUCUCUUCUUUCAGAGUUUUAAGUAUCAUUUAUUGGUUUGAAAAAUUCAGAAUGGGACAAUUUUUAUUUAAAUAUAUUUAUGUUACUGUAAUCCGUUAUUUAAAGAGAGCAUUUAUAUUUUUGUUGGUUGUGAAAAUUAUAGAAAAAAAAGUGACGAGAUAUUGAUAUUUUGACAAAAUUUUUGAAUUUAUUUCUCAAAAAGAAAAGAAUCAAAGAAGUAAAAAUAAAUCUAAAUAGUUAAAAUUCUAUCUUGUCACUGUAAAAAAAGAGAAUAUUCCAUGUAUUAUUUAUUUUGUUGAAUUUUUGUAAAAAUGGUGCGACUGUUAUAUUUUUUGUUUUUGUAGGGGGAAAAAAAAAUUGUUUAUUGUUGUACAGCUGGGCUAUAGAAGUAGACGCGUUAUUUAUUGCAAAAAAAAAAAUAUCUAGACAAUUAUAAAAAAAAAUUCCCUCAUGUCUGAAAUUUCUCUCAUUAAAAUUUCUUUUUGCAGUUUUUUAUUAAUCGAGUAAAAUUUUUUAGGAACAAUUUUCCUAUAAAUUCUGUGAUGAAAUCUUUUAUUAAUCAAUUUUUUUUUGUUUUGUUGAAAUUAUUGUUUGUUAAAAGCAAUUGUUUGCUAUUAUUUAUUAAAUAAACUUUGUUUAUUAGUUUUCUAGUCAAUUUUCCGCGAAUUUUGUGAAAUAAUAAAUGAAAAUGAAUUGAGAAAUUUUUCAGAUGAUAAAGUA